AUGCCGCGCAAGAUGGCCACCAGUAUCCAGAAGGUCCGGGCCUUGCAGCAUGGUUUUGAAGGGUCGGCGUCAGAAUUGAACAAGUUGGUUGAAAGCAUUGUGAAGCGCGUCGAGGCGACCGAAGUGGCCUUGAAAGAGUUGCAGAACGCCGCGGAGGUUCACGCGCUCCGAGAUUCACUUCGUGCAGAUCUCCUGGAAGCUCAGCAAGAACGUGUCCAGGAUUUAGAGAGCAAGUUCUUGGAGAAGGAGGAGCAGCGGCGGGCACUACGGGAGGCGAGUUCCGUGCUGGGCAAACUGCAGGAGGAAAAGGCCGUUCGAGAGGAGGCGAUUGCACACAUCACUCAGGGCUUCAAGCGUGGCUGCGCGGCUGUGGGCGAACGCUUCAAAAGGGUGGAGGAAGAGGUCGAGCGCCUGAAGCUGACCGUGGGUCUGCGCAUUGGAGGAGUGCAGAGCGACGGCGACGGCGACAGCGACGGCGACAGCGACGAGGAGACCAGCGCCAACAGCGACGAACCGAAGGAGCAAACCCAACGGCUUGUGGCAAUGGGACCACCCCAAAGAGAAGAGGAGAUUAACGAUGUCCUUCUUCGAGUCGAAAGGCUGGAGAACCAGUUGGGGAGUUUCAACCAUGAGUCGGUCAAUGAGAAGGAGAUUGACCAGCUCCGCUCUCGCCUGACAGCCGCCGAGCAGCAGCAGGUACACGGCCGACAAGCGGAGGAGGUGAAGAUGACCAAAGUCCUUCAGGCGGAGAUGUAA